GCAGCAAAUAGCAUUCCACUCCGAGCGCGAGCCGCAGAUGCUGCAUGAAGUGUGCAUGUUGGGAACGGUUGUUGCCUAAGAUUUUUGGAUAACAAAAAGUACAUUACAAGCGUCACAAUGCCUUCAGUUCCCCACACCAAUGAUUUGGAAACUGUAGCAUGUCCUCAUCUUACAGCCUCACAUACAGCAAAUUGCACCAUAGAAAAUAAUACUGAUGAGGAGAAGCAGAAGGAAAUUGUUUGGCUCCGCCCAGAUGCUCCCAGCAGAUGCACAUGGCAGCUGGGGAAAAGUGAUACAGAGAACGUUCACGAAUACAGGCCCCUAGAAAAGAAACCCAAGAUUCUACCAAAUAUCUUGAAGCAAAUUGGUGGAACUCCAAUGGUUCAAAUUAACAACAUUGGGAAGGCUUUUGGACUCAAGUGUCAACUCUUGGCUAAGUGCGAGUACUUCAAUGCUGGUGGCAGUGUGAAGGACAGAAUCAGUGUCAGAAUGAUGGAAGACGCAGAGAAGGCUGGUAUUUUAAAACCUGGAGAUACCAUUAUUGAACCCACGUCAGGAAAUACAGGAAUUGGGCUGGCACUAGCAGCAGCUGUGAAGGGCUAUCGUUGUAUUAUUGUGAUGCCGGAGAAGAUGAGCAUGGAGAAGGUGGAUGUUCUUCGGGCACUUGGAGCGGAGAUUGUAAGAACUCCUACAAGUGCUAGGUUUGAUUCUCCUGAAUCCCAUGUUGGGGUUGCUUGGAGGUUGAAGAAUGAAAUCCCAAAUUCUCACAUUCUGGAUCAGUAUCGGAAUCCAAGCAAUCCUCUGGCACAUUAUGAUAGCACAGCAGAAGAGAUCAUUCAGCAGUGUGAUGGAAAAAUUGACAUGCUGGUGGCUGGAGCAGGCACAGGAGGCACUAUCACUGGUAUUGCUAGAAAGCUAAAGGAGAAAUGUCCUUCUUGCACAAUUGUUGGUGUUGAUCCUGAAGGUUCAAUUCUUGCAGAGCCUGAAGAGCUAAACAAAACUGACAAGACAAUGUAUGAGGUAGAAGGGAUUGGAUAUGACUUUAUCCCCACUGUACUAGAUAGAUCGGUGGUAGAUGUCUGGCACAAGAGCAACGAUGAGUACAGCUUUGCCAUGUCACGCAUGCUGAUAAGACAGGAAGGCCUGCUUUGUGGUGGCAGCUCUGGUAGCGCAAUGGCAGCUGCUGUGAAAGCAGCCAAGCACCUCAAGGAAGAUCAGCGCUGUGUUGUAAUCCUACCCGACUCGGUCAGGAACUACAUGUCCAAGUUCUUAAGUGAUAAGUGGAUGUUCCAGAAAGGAUUCCUGAACGAAGAAGAUGUUAUGGUUAACAAACCUUGGUGGUGGAAUGAAAAAGUUCAACAGCUGAAUCUGUCUGCCCCCUUAACAGUGUUGCCAACUGUUUCUUGUCAGAAGACCAUUGGAAUUCUUAGAGAAAAGGGCUUUGACCAAGCACCUGUUGUCAAUGAUUCGGGUCUCAUUUUAGGAAUGGUUACACUUGGCAACAUGCUUGCAUCAGUGCUUGCUGGGAAGAUUCAACCCUCAGAUCCUGUCAGCAAAGUUCUUUAUAAACAGUUUAAAAAGAUCCAUCUGGAUGAUACUUUAGGGCGUUUAUCUCGUAUCUUGGAAACUGAUCACUUUGCUCUAGUGGUACAUGAACAAAUACAAUGUCAUGCUCUUCUAUCUAAAACCAACCAACCAGAUACCACUGGUUGCAAAUGUCAGUAUUACAUAGAAGAUCACAGUUCUGGUGACUCCAGUUUGAAGCAGAUGGUAUUUGGUAUUGUCACAGCAAUUGAUCUUCUGAACUAUGUUACCACAAACGAGAAGAUGCAGUCUGAUUAGAAUAGAGACUUCCUGACCUUCGUUUUGAAAAUGCAACCUAAAAGAUUAACGACAGAAGACUUCAUCAAGAACUUUUUCACCUUUCUGUAUCAAACAGGAAGCUUAUACUUCAAUGGUUAACACGGCAAAAUUAAUUUAUGACAUGAUUUACUGUUAGAGAUGUACAAACAAUUUAAAAGUACCUUGUAAUAAUCAUCAGAGUAUGGUGAUUUUUUUUGUUCAUUUAAUGAAAAAUCUGAAGAAGCUGGAUCCCUAAAUUUAUACUUUAAUUAUAAUCAAAAUAUUUAUUUUAGUUCAUUAUUGAAAUCGUGUAUAAAUUGCAUUUUAACUGGGACCUUAGAACUCAGAGCUUGUAUUUAUUUGCUGACAUACUCUUCCAAAUUUCUGUAGUAACAGCAAGUAUAUUUACAGUUGGUGUUUUACAUGUACUGGUUUAGUUGUCUGGAACUGUGUACAACAAGGAAAUUUCUGCACAUUUAUUUGUUUUCAUAAUCAGUUAUUUGUUAGCAAACCAAUAAUUUUAGAGUAAUGUUAGUCUAAAGUUUUCUUUCCCUUCUGUUCAUGUUAAUCUGUUUGCAUAUCUUAACUAUGAAUGUAGCUAAAGCAGUGGAAUAAAAGCACACAUCAUAAAUUAAGUAGCAAGCGCUUUACGUGCACUUUAUAUUCAUCAAGUUAUUUUCACUUUACAUACAUCAUCUAAAAAUAGUAUGGCUUCAUCUGCAUAACCAGUUAACUGGAACUGAGAAGAGUCCUUACAGGUUAACAUAGAAGUAAACCUAAGUGUAACAUAUUAGCACAUAAUUCACUGAAGUACUAAACCCUCCUCAAAUGACACACCAGUCAUUAAAAUCAUCCAUUACAAUAACAAUUUUUUUAAAUCGCCCCACAAGAUCAAGCCUGAUAGCCAUUCAUUUUGUAGUAGCAAAAACCUUAUGGCUCAAUCAUUCCUGCCCAGGAAUCUCAAUUAGCUCAUCCACUGUCUGGCAAGAGUUGGGUGGGAAGAAGCACAUGAUGGUAACGUAGCUCCCCCCUCCCCUGCUUAAGCAUCCCACCCCCACUGCCGUACCUUUUUCAUAGGUUGAUAGGUGUGUACUAGGCUCAUGGCCCUGGAGCCUUUACAAACCUAGCCCAUAAGAGAAAAGCCACUAUGAUAUCUGAAGAGAAGUGUGCCUCCUAUUGCUGAAUUGGCUUACUCUGCUGCUUAAACAUGACAGCGUGGACUCACCAAGCUCGAGUUUCACUGGGAGAACACCUAGUGUUCCUGUUAGCUGUCACCAAUGUGGUAUGUCAGAGCUGCCUCCCUUCCCACAAGACAGACAAACCAGCAACAGCUGUUCACUCCCAUUCUAGCGUGCCAGCUCAUACAGGAUCCUAGAAUGCUCUUUGAACCAGGGUCACUGCAAUAUAUUCAGGGCUUUAUACCUGUAUGCCACAGACCUGGUUACAAUAGCAAAUUAAAAAUAUGUAGUAAAAUACAUAGAAACUGUGACCAUAACAAUCCUCUCCCAAUUCCUGGAUAUAAAACUUGAAUCACAAUGGAACAUAGUCUAGGUUCCUUUCCCUAACAUUAAACUUAAAGCAGAUAAAAAUACAUAAAACAGAUGUCAGUUAUUAAUAUUAAAUGGUGACAAAAUAGUUACCUGCAUUGCAGCUUUUGAGUACUGGAGUAGGCUGGCUCCACUAUAUUCUUGAAUAGGAUAAAGCUGGUAAUGGAAAAUGAAUGCACAUUAAAUAAAUGUAACAACAUGCUCACCUAAUCCCCAUUGAUAGUCAAGCAAACUGGCUGGGAUAAUUAUCUCUAAUCCUGAAAAGAAAUCACAGUCCACAUGAGAAAGACAGGCCCUACUGCUGAAACAAGAAAAUAAAACUCUUUUUCACCCAUAAGACUGAAACAGCAACCCGUAACAAAGAAGUCUAAAACAAAAAGCAGUAUGCCUGACACCAAAGCUGAACACCUUAAAACUGUUUCAAAGAACAAAGUUCCCCAAAUUUGUAUAUUUUCUUAACCUUAACAAUCCAGUAGCCAUCUUGUCAGUCUGUAACACCGAGUCAUUAACCAUACAGCAGCCAUCUUGUUAGGAUGUACCUCUGAGUCAUUAACUGUCCAGCAGACAUCUUGUCAGGGUGUACCACUGACCAGAGAUGGCCUUUGGUCAGCUGGUACCCUAGGCAAAAGGGCUCCACAGCGCCCCCCCCCCCCCCCCACACACACACACCAUCUGGUUACCACAUUCUGGCAAACCUACACAAUCCAGAUUACUAGAAAAGCGCCCCUGCUAUGGUGGCACCCUAGUUGGCCUAUGCCUAAUGCCGGCUAUACCAUUGACUCAUUAACUGUUCAGCAGCCAUCUUGUAAGGGUGUACCACUGAGUCAAACAGAAGUCAUGAAGACUGAAGUCAUCCAUUUUUCUGACCAUCCUACUACAAUACAUACAGAACUAUAAGCAUCAAAAGACAGAUGCAACUUCUUGAGUGUGUCACUGCAGGACACAAACUCAGAAAUCACCACUACUACAUUAACCCAUCACCCAGCUUAGUGUCACAGUUCACAGGCACAACAUUUUUUAAAAUGAGAAAAGCUAAAGCACCAUUAAAAGUAAAAAUAAAUCUAUCCACCUAAGUAAUGAAAAAGGCCAUCCUAAUUCACCCAGCAACAUGAUCUGUGCUUAUCUGUGCCGAAGAAAAAAAGUAGAAAGAGACCCCCAACAAAAAUCAUAUCCAGCCAAUAAAAAACUGAAAAAAAGAUCACAACCCUCCAACUAAAAACAUAAGCCAUACCAGACCAAUCAAAAGAUAUUAAAAGCAUCUAUCUAACCCUAAAAAAGUAAAGGAAAUUUUUACCAUUGUCCAUUGUCAUUAAGUCCAUUUGUAGUUUUCAGUACUACGCAGUACUACUAUAUAAAAUAAACUCUAAAACUGCAAAAUACAACUCAGCAGUAUAAAACAAAGAUGUAAAAAAUGUGAAUAAAUAUUUUUGGAGGAGAGGUAUGUUUAUGUUAUGUGGGAAUUAUAGGGGUAGGAUAACCAAUACAUCUCAUCUAAAUCUGCUCUAAAAUAUAAAAGUAUAUAGAAACCCACAAACAUGCAUAAAGCCUAACUAAUCAGCAUUGAUUAGGGGACGUCACCCCCACUCCCUGACUUACUUAAAAAUCUACAGUGAUCACACAAUGUCAAGCUGUCCUUAUUGCUAGUGUCAUAAUUGUUUGUUUGUUGAGUAGGCUAGUUUGAAAUAAAAUGUGUAUUAGAUCACUUUUUUCCAUGUUUAGAUAAAAUGAGUGGUAGAUAAACUAAAUGGCAGUCGUAUGUAUAUUUGUUACAUGAAUAUUUUGACAGUUAUACUAACACAAUAUAGAUAAUUAAAAUGAAAGGAGAUAUUUGCAAAAAAGUGUUUACUUACCUAUCUAUAGAUCAGGAAUGAAAAGGGGAGACUAAUACUGGAAAAAGGGAAAAGGUGCAUAUUUGUAAAAGGCAGAAUUAGGAAUGCAUUGAAAGACGCUGCUAGACAGCAGGAACUGAGUCAAGUGUUUCAGUUGUGCAGAGUAACCCUGCUUUACUUGUAAUUUUUAAGAUGUAAUGAAUUGAGAAUGUGAAACAGCAAGCCAUACAUUCAAAAUUAUGUUUCACUGGAAACAAGUUGAAGAAAAGGAUCAAGUCUCGCACAUUAGUUGUACUUAACUGUUAUUUUUCUAUGUAAGAAAAUGACUGGGUUAUAGAGAAUUAAUAAAGCUGUCAACCAAA